AUCAAACUUGGCAAGAUUCGAUUGAAGUGCUCCAGACACCCUCCAACCGCCAAAGAGCACAAGGGUCGUCUAUCAAGGCCAAUUCGCAGGCAAUUGGUGCCCCAUUUUCUUUUUCCUUUUUGCUAACUGUCAUCGGGACAAUGGCUUCGCAGGUGAAGCUCGACAUCCGGCCAACCGCGAGCGAGGCCCGCAGCCUGUUUGAGCAGACCAGCACAGCGUCUCCGAAACCGACCUUGCUGCCCGUCUGCAUCACCGUGCCGUCGGAUCUGCUGACGCCGUCGGCCAUCUACCUGAAGCUGUCAAACGGCGCCACUGCCGAGUAUUCAUUCUUGCUUGAGAGUGCCACAAGAAGCACCGAGACGGUUGGGAGGUAUAGCUUCAUCGGAGCCAACCCUAGGAAGGUAUUGGCAACCGGCCCUGGCUAUGACGACGUCGGGGACCCGCUGCGGGCGCUCGAGGCCCAGCUCGGCCAGGACAGAGUAGUCAGCAUCCCGUCACUCAAGCUGCCCCCUCUAACCGGCGGCGCCGUCGGUUACGUUUCAUACGACUGCAUCAAGUACUUUGAGCCCAAGACAAACCGCCCUCUCAAGGACAACCUGCACAUCCCGGAGGCCCUGUUCAUGCUCUUCGACACGAUCGUCUCCUUCGACCAUUUCUUCCAGGCUCUCACCAUCAUCACCCACAUGCGCCUCCCCGAGGACGCCUCAUCGUUCGAGUCGGCCUACGACGACGCCUGUGCCACCAUCCGCUCCACCCUCGCUCUCAUCCAGCAGCCCGAAACCCCCCUACCCUCGAAGAGUUUCGGGAACUCGACCACCUCGCAGCAAUACUCCUCCAACGUCGGCCGCCACGGCUACGAGUCCUUCGUUACCGCGCUCAAAUCCCACAUCGUCAAGGGUGACAUCAUCCAAGCCGUGCCAUCGCAGCGCUUCUCGCGCGGCACCUCGCUCCAUCCCUUCAACAUCUACCGCACUCUGCGCACCCUCAACCCCUCCCCAUACCUCUUCUUCCUCUCCUGCGCCGACUUCCAUAUCGUCGGCGCCUCACCCGAAUGCCUCAUGAAGACAGACGGCUACGCCCCGCUGCCCAUCGACACGCGCUUCGCCUACUCCGCCGCGGACCAGGCCCGCUCGCGGCCGCGCAUCGUCAACCACGCCAUCGCGGGCACCAUCCGCCGUGGUCUCAAUCCGGCCGAGGACGACGAGCUCGCCGCCGAGCUGCAGGCGAGCACCAAGGACCGGGCCGAGCACGUCAUGCUGGUCGACCUGGCGCGCAACGACGUCAACCGCGUGUGUCACCCAUCGACGGUCAAGGUCGACCGGUUGAUGCGCAUCGACAGGUUCAGCCACGUGCAGCAUCUCACGAGCGAGGUUUCGGGCUUGUUGCGGCCGGAGUGUACCCGCUGGGACGCCAUGCGGAGUAUCUUCCCCGCGGGCACGGUGUCUGGGGCGCCCAAGAUCAGGGCCAUGGAGCUGAUUUAUGAGCUGGAGGGGGAGAAGCGCGGGAUUUAUGCUGGUGCUGCGGGCUGGUUUGCGUAUGAUGUUGUGCGGGUCGAGGUGGACAAGGACAGCGGGGAGACGAAGGUGGUGGUGGAUGAGGGCCAGAUGGAUACGUGCAUUGCCAUUCGGACGAUGCUGGUGAAAGGCGGGGUUGCGUAUCUGCAGGCGGGCGGCGGGAUUGUGUUUGAUAGCGAGAAGACGGAGGAGUGGAUGGAGACGAUGAACAAGCUGGCGGCCAACUUGCGGUGCAUCGAGCUGGCCGAGCAGUAUUAUGGGGAUGGGCUCGGCACCAAGUCGGUGCAGGAGAUCAUUGACGAGGAAAGGCGCAAGGGGGACGAGUUUUAUCGUCUGCACACGAACAAUGCGGGGGCAUAGGGGGAUGCAUGGCUAUGUACCAAGUUGCUUGGGUCUGUUCCAUUGGUACGAAGGCCUGCGACGACUUGGAUUUUGCAUUGCUUUUCUGCCUCCUCUUGACAGCUUCGCGCCGUUGGCUAGAAGUCUUUGUCCUGCGUCCGUCGAGUUUACUGGUUCUCUCUACGGAGUACUUUGUUGAGGUUGAUCGGCGUCCAGACACACCAGAAGUCACUGAUAACCUGACUGAUAUACCGGCGCAUCCCUGGUAGGCUGGUCGGGUACAGAACAUUACAACCCCUUCCAGCGCGAACCAAGACAACCUGCCCAUCAAAUAAUCCGC